GCUCAUUUAAACUCACCAGCGACCGUUACCGGGGGAUGGGGGAAGGCCGAGCGAUUGCCGAGUACUUCCGAGCGGGACACGGAAAUACCCGAAGUGGAGAGAUCCGCGCGGGAGCUAGACGGAAAAGCGCGAAGGAAGCCGGAAAUGCCCGAGGAGGAUCGGCGGCGGAGGAGCCCGUAGUCGGAAAUUGUCGAGGAUUGCCGAAAACUACCGAGUCUGAACCCGAGUGUCCUGCCUCCACCGAAGACCCCCCAAGACAACAUGCCUCCCAAGAAGCCGGAACCUAAGAAGGACACCCCCAAGCCGGCCCCAGCCCCUGCCCCAGCUCCUGAGCCCCCCAAGGAAGCUGCCUUUGACCCGAAGAGUGUAAAGAUAGACUUCACUGCUGACCAGAUUGAAGAGUUCAAGGAGGCCUUCUCGUUGUUUGACCGGACCCCGACUGGGGAGAUGAAGAUCACCUAUGGGCAGUGCGGGGAUGUGCUGCGCGCCCUGGGCCAGAACCCCACCAACGCUGAGGUGCUGCGCGUCCUGGGCAAACCCAAGCCUGAAGAGAUGAGCACCAAGACCCUGGACUUCGAGACCUUCCUGCCCAUUCUGCAGCACAUAUCCCGCAACAAGGAGCAGGGCACCUACGAGGACUUCGUGGAGGGGCUGCGCGUUUUUGACAAGGAGAGUAACGGCACGGUCAUGGGCGCUGAGCUUCGCCACGUCCUGGCCACCUUGGGAGAGAAGAUGACUGAAGCUGAAGUGGAGCAGCUGCUAGCUGGGCAAGAGGAUGCCAAUGGCUGCAUCAACUAUGAAGCCUUCGUCAAGCACAUCAUGUCUGGGUGAAGCAGGCCUGCCAGGGUGCCUGGCCCUUGGCCUUAGCCCUCCCGGGGUGAGUGGCGAGAGGCCUGGAGGGACUGAGCUGGAACCGGAGUCCCAGCUUGUCGCUGUCCGCAGCCCCAGGACCUCGUGGGCCUAUGGCUUUCCCUGGAAAUAAACGGCUGUGGCUCACCUGGGCCAGGCCUCUGC